GUGUAAAAGCAUGUUCCACCACUGCUCGGCGCUCGCGUGCCAUUUCGGUCCAACUGCCGCUCCAUCCUGCCACUGCGCUCAGAUCCGAUCGAGCUCAGGUCAUCCGAAAAGCUUCCACUCACCAAAGCGCAUUGACAGCAACGAUGUACAAGUAGCCUACCAUCGAAAGCGCAGCCUCUUUACUGUAUUCCUCAGAAGAAAGGAUGCGGUGAUGAUGGAACAAGACAGAGCAGCUCUGUAGUAGCCUACUGUACAACAAUUCCAAUCCGGAUUUACGUGAAAUCCUCAACAGUCUCUACAAGAGCAUUGUUGUAAUCGGCUUCUGAACAGAGGGAACACCCCGUCUUUCCAAUCAGGUUUCAGAUUGAUUCUUCACCUUGCUUAGAGAGAGAGGACAGGCACUCUGGACUGUAUUCGGAGCUGAGAGAAGGCUGAGGAGUUUGGAGCUGCUCUGAGCUGAAAGCCUACAAAUGAAAUAUGCCAGCCUUGCUCUAGUAUUUCCCAUUAUUUUUGUUUUAUUUUCUACCUAUUACACAGCAGGACAUGGUGCAUAUGACAACUGUAUUUAUCCAGUAACCUAAUAGUUUGAGGGUAUCACUUUUCGAAUGCCAACUCAGCAAUGAACACUAAUGCAGGGCCUUACCGGCACAGCGCCUACGGAGGCAGCCCGAGCGUCAACAGCGGGCGUGGCGCCGUGACCAUCCACUGUCUCCGCUGCCGGGAGGUCUGUAAGGGAGAGGUGGUUCGUGUGCAGAAUGUCCACUUCCAUGUCAAGUGCUUCAUCUGCCAAGUGUGUAGCUGUGACCUGGCCCGUUCAGGCUUCUUCCAGAAGGGAGGAGAGUACAUCUGUACAGAGGACUACCAGCGCCUCUACGGCACCAAGUGUGACAGCUGUGGAGACUUCAUCACAGGGGAGGUGGUCUCUGCGCUGGGGCGUACCUACCACCCCAAGUGUUUCGUCUGCAGCAUGUGCAGGAAGCCUUUCCCUAUCGGAGACAGGGUUACCUUCUGUGGGAAGAAGUGUGUCUGUCAGCAGUGCUCCCAUUCGCUAGUCAGCAACGCGCCGGUCAAGAUCCACGGACCCAGCCACUGUGCAGGCUGUAAAGAGGAGAUCAAACAUGGCCAGUCUCUCCUGGCCCUGGAGAAGCAGUGGCAUGUCAGCUGCUUCAAGUGUCAGACCUGUGGCACUGUGCUGACAGGGGAGUACAUCAGCAAGGAUGGUAUUCCGUACUGUGAGACUGACUACCACACCCAGUUUGGCAUCCAGUGUGUGACGUGUAACAGAUACAUCAGUGGCAGAGUGCUGGAGGCAGGGGGGAAGCACUACCACCCCACCUGUGCCCGUUGUGCCCGCUGUCUCAUGAUAUUUACAGAAGGAGAGGAGAUGUACCUGACAGGUUGCGAGGUGUGGCAUCCUGUGUGUAAACAAGCAGCUCGGUUGGAGAAGAAACUCAGAUUCAGACGUACCUCGGAGGCCUCCGUAUCUCCCCCUGGGUCCAGCAUCGGUUCCCCGAGCCGCAUCAUCUGUGCCAAAGUGGAAAACGAGGUCCUAAAUUACAAAGAUCUGUCCGCACUGCCUAAGAUUAAAACUAUUUGUGACGUGCAGCGGCCCGAUCUCAUUCCCUGUGAGUCUUAUCACAGAUACGCCUCUGAUGACAGACUAGAACGCUACAGCUAUGGGGAGUCUCUGGGAACUCUCUCUCCAAACUCUCAGGACAUCUAUGACAGCGUGGAGCUGAGACAGAGGCGCUCCUCCAGCCCAGGCUUCAUAGACUCUCCCACCUACAGCCGCCAGGGCAUGUCUCACACCAUGUCCACCUCCCGCUCCCCACAGCACUGCUUCCGCCCCGAUGGUUCUAACUACGCCACUAAGAGUAAAACCAGCGACAACAUCCUCCAGACUUCCCAGUUUCCGGACUCGUACUCUCCUGACCACUACCACCAGCAGUCUAACCACUACCCCUACACUCCCUCUCCCAGAGCUACUCGUGCCCGGAGGUUUUCCUCAGGUGGAGAGGAGGAUGGGUGGAAUCAAAGUCUUAACAGACUCCAAGGUGGUAUAGGCCGUAUGAUUCUGAAGGAGGAGAUGAAAGCCAGGUCUGGUUCCUAUGACAAUGACCCGUGGAGCAGCGCACGGAACUCCCGCACCAACUCCCGUAGCAACUCCCGCAGUGGAAGCAAAGAGGCCCUGCACAAUGUGGGCUACAGCAACACUGUCAACGGAUCUCCCACCAGAUCCCACUACAGUACAGACAGUGACUCCUUCAUCUCCAAGUCAGCCUCGUUGCCAGGGUAUGGCAGGAACGGAAUGCACAGGCCCCAGAGUGCAGAUUAUUUCCAGUACGACAGCAGCAGUGCAGUUAACUGGGGAAUCAGAGAAUACAAGAUCUACCCAUAUGACGUGUUGGUAGUCACCAUAAGGAGGCAGAACCAGCCCCCCAAUGACGUGGACAGAGCCAGACUAGAGCGUCACCUGUCUCCUGAGGACUUCUACCGGGUGUUUAGGAUGACUAUGGCUGAUUUUGACCGGCUGGCACUGUGGAAGAGAAACGAGCUCAAGAAACAAGUCCGACUGUUCUGAAAGGACCAGACUGUCGAAGCUCAGUAUAGCAGCCUGCUGGGCUUAACGUUAGAGGGGCUCACUGAGAGCCAUAAUAACCAGUCUGGGUAGUCCUCGUUCCAUCAGGUCAAAGUCACAGCAGAACCAGAACUAAAACCAGCUUGGGUUCUAGCCAUAGAAAUAGAAUGAGUUGUAAUGAUAUAGUUCUGUUGUUCCAGGACAUCCUCCGGGCCAGAGAAACCCAGCCAGCCUGAGUCUAUACAUCAAUAAUAUAUCUCUGGAGAAAGAGGAGUAACAGGCUCCUCCUCCUGAGCCAUGUCUGUUUGUGGGAGGACUAGACCAGGCUAGUUCUGCCUAUGCUUUCAGUAUUAUGUGUUUGCUUUAUUAGAAGGAGUUUAACUAUAGUUCAUGGCUGUCAUGUCAUGAGGUUAUAGCAGAUUUGAACUUUUUCAGGUUGCAGGUUUGGAGAGCUCUGAGACAUUAUCUUAUGAUCAAGCAGGAAAGAGAACACCAGCAAACUCUCCAAACAGAACGUGCUACCAGAUCAACUCUGUCCUUGCUUUCUGUACUCUAAAUAUAUUGUUUCAUUCGCAGACUUUUAUUAUUAUUUUUUUUUUACAUUGAGACUAAAACGUUGUAUUUCUUAAUAGAGCAAGGGUUCACCACGGAGUGAAAGGCUAGAUUGAUAGAUUGUGGUAGUACGGUUUAAGAGAAUGUGUGGAUCAUUGUGUGUUUACUGAAAAACCAAAGUAAUAUAACUAUAUUAAGAACCAAUGAGUUUGUUUGUGUUGUUUUGUUUUAGACACUAACAUGCUUAAAGAGUGACUGCCCCUAAAAAGCAACUUCUCUUUUUGAAAAUGGCCUAUGUGGCAUCGAUAUGAGUCAAAAUCAUUUAUUCAAGUGUCAAAAUUGACUACAAAGUGUAAAUAGGAUUGUUUUGGUCAUAAAGUCAGUCUCGUCCAAAAUCAGAGAUUUGCGAGAUAAUAGAAAAAAUGUUAUGUCACAGAAUGAAGGGUACCCUGACAGAAUGAAGGGUACCCUGACAGAAUGAAGGGUACUGUAACAGUUUUCCUUGGCUUGGGUUUAUUUCAAUUUGGUUUGACAUUUGAAAUCCCUAUGGGGCUAGUUAAGGACUAUCAGUAAAUUACACAAUGUACAUGGAACAAUCAUUUAAAAUAUUAAUAGCUCCAAAUUUCAAUGACUUAAAAAAUUAAAAAGAAGAAGAAAAUGUACUACUUUAAAAUGAAGAUAGCAUGGGCAGCGCCUUUGAGGCUGUCACAGACUCUAUAAUGGCACAAAUACGAAGAUGAGUCCAUCUAUCACUAUGGCCUGUUGUUCGCACAGGUGUCUGCCCUCUCAUUGGCUAGAAUGGUCCCACCUGAUCUCGCCCCAUCCCCAUGAUUUACUAAAUUGAUGGGAAGGAUUCAAACAAUGUAAUGUAUGUAUUGGAGUUUGGGAUUAUUUAGUCUUAUCAAUUUCAAUUGAACCAAAGGGUUUCAUUUACAGUAAUGGAAUAUCAUGUUAUGAUUGGAUCUUGAAUUGUAUUCAGAGCUGGGAUUGUAGUUAGGAUGAAAGAUGACGUGACUUCAUGGGGAGACUUGAUCUGAUUCUAACUCAACACAUGGAGACAGAGAUAAUGAAUAGAGAUAUACAUUAAUUAGAUCUGAAUCUGAACUGUUUCUGAAUAAAAAGGGAAAAUGUAUCUGCCUGUGGAGGAAAGUAGAUUGAAGGGAUUGGUGACCAGAAGUCUGGAUUAGAGAUGAAAUAGAGGAAUGCAUCUGAAUUAGAUUACAACUGAAAGGGAUUGAAUGAACUCUUCCUUGAACAAUACCAAGGUGAGGAGGGAAUGAAUCGAGGUGAGAAGGGAAGGAAUCGAGGGAAUUUUGUGGAUGUUGAAGUGGAAUUGAUUUGAUGGAAUUGUCCUGAUUGGUCUACGUGGAUACCAAUCCAAAGGACAACCAGGGUCCUGAUAUAUAUAUGAAAAAAGGUUCAUACAGUGCGAUCUAAAUCAACUUAGGAGGUGAAAUGAUUACGGGUUGCUAAAGAAUACACUAUAGUGUGCAUAGAGUAGAACAAAACAUUAUCCUGUUGGGUUUUGAAGAGGUGAUUCCUAGUUAUCUCCUGUUGGGUUUUGAAGAGGUGAUACCUAGUUAUCUCCUGUUGGGUUUUGAAGAGGUGAUACCUAGUUAUCUCCUGUUGGGUUUUGAAGAGGUGACUCCUAGUUAUCUUCUGUUGGGUUUUGAAGAGUUGACUCCUAGUUAUCUCCUGUUGGGUUUUGAAGAUGUGACUCCUAGUUAUCUCCUGUUGGGUUUUGAAGAUGUGACUCCUAGUUAUCUCCUGUUGGGUUUUGAAGAGGUGAUACCUAGUUAUCUCCUGUUUGGUUUUGAAGAGGUGACUCCUAGUUAUCUCCUGUUGGGUUUUGAAGAGGUGACUCCUAGUUAUCUCCUGUUGGGUUUUGAAGAGUUGACUCCUAGUUAUCUCCUGUUGGGUUUUGAAGAUGUGACUCCUAGUUUUCUCCUGUUGGGUUUUGAAGAGGUGACUCCUAGUUAUCUCCUGUUGGGUUUUGAAGAGGUGACUCCUAGUUAUCUCCUGUUGGGUUUUGAAGAUGUGACUCCUAGUUAUCUCCUGUUGGGUUUUGAAGAGGUGACUCCUAGUUAUCUCCUGUUGGGUUUUGAAGAGGUGACUCCUAGUUAUCUCCUGUUGGGUUUUGAAGAGGUGACUCCUAGUUAUCUCCUGUUGGGUUUUGAAGAGGUGACUCCUAGUUAUCUCCUGUUGGGUUUUGAAGAGGUGACUCCCAGUAUUCUCCUGUUGGGUUUUGAAGAGGUGACUCCUGGUAAUCCAAUAGAACAUACAAUAUUCUUGGUAGCCUACAUGCAAAGCUGUCCUUUUUCUAUCAGUUGUAUUUGAAUGGUCUGGUAUGAGGUUGUGCGUCAUAGGAAAAUAUAGUUCUGAUUGUUAGUGUAUGCAGCACUGUCUUUAUCAGACGAAUAUUAGUCAUACUGACUAGCAGUAGUCAUCUAGUAUAAAUAACUCUUACUGCCAUCUUUGUAAUGGUUGUUUGUUUUAUAGGUGUGUGUGUGUGUGUGUGUGUGUGUGUGUGUGUGUGUGUGUGUGUGUGUGUGUGUGUGUGUGUGUGUGUGUGUGUGUGUGUGUGUGUGUGUGUGUGUGUGUGUGUGAGUCGCAAAUUAUCAUAGAUAUUUACAAUACUAACAGCAAUACCGGUCAAUAAUGUACAUACAGUACUUCCAGAAUUCACAAUCUCAUUUUUGAAUCUAUAUCCAUUAUAAAAGGUUUGGGAGACCUUUAAAUUUAUGUUUUCAUUUUGAAACUGUACAAAGCAAUCUGCAUAUUAUUUAUUUCAAUGUCAGAACUACUGCUCAACAAAUGAUGUACAUCUUUUAUUUAAAUUAAAGCAGUUUACAAGUGGA